GUAGGAUUGUAACAUCUAUGGAGUAAAUACUCUAUUGUUUUAAACUCUUUGGAUGAACGAACGAGUGUGAGCGAGACGAAUGUACGGAGAGUGAGUGAGAAGGAAGGAAAGGGGUCAUGGCGGCAAGACGGUUAAGAGUAAAGUGUGGCUCUGUAAUAUUUAAAGAAGAUUAAACAUAUUAUUGGAAGAAACUGAUUUUCCUUGCGAAGCCCCGUCCCUACAAAUUUUGGGGGCUCGUCCGGGAUUUGAACCUCAGAAGCCGAAUCAAGAUAUACAAGCUAUGAGCUAGAAGCAUUAGCUAUUAUAGAGGGAGUGAAGAAGUUCAGAGUUUAUUUGUAUGGUAUCCAUUUCAAGAUAGUAACUGAUUGUCAAGCCUUCGAGCUGACGCUGAAAAAAAAGGAUUUGUCACCUAAAGUUGCUCGCUGGGUAUUAUACCUAGAUCAGUUUGACUAUGAGGUUGAACAUAGGUCUGGUUCGAAGUUGCAGCAUGCAGAUGCAUUAAGCCGACAUCCAUGCAUGACUAUCACUGGACAUAGCUUACAAAACCAAAUAAGACUGGCUCAACAAAACGAUGAUGGUUUGAGAGCAGUAUGUGAAGUACUAAAGCAUCAUUCUUAUGCAGACUACUGGUUAGACAACGGACUUCUAUAUAAAGGAGAGCAGAAGCAGCUAGUUAUACCGAAGUCACUAGAGAAAGAGAUCAUAAAACAAGUUCAUGAUAAAGGACAUUUUUCUAUGAAAAAGAUGAAGGAGAUAAUUAAACAAGACUAUUACAUACAAGACUUAGAAAAGAAGUUGCAAGAAUUUGUGGUUACCUGCAUACCUUGUCUUAUGGCAACUAAGAAGGCUGGGAAACAAGAAGGAUAUUUGAACCCAAUAGAUAAAGAAGGUAUUCCCUUACACACACUUCAUAUAGAUCAUUUAGGACCAUUAACAGACACGAAGAAACAGUAUAACCACAUUUUGACAAUAGUAGAUGGAUUCACCAAGUUCACAUGGAUAUUUCCAACUAAGAGUACAACGAGUAAAGAGACAAUUGAGAAGCUGAAGAUGCACCAACAGCAUUUUGGAAAUCCUGUAAGAAUAAUAAGUGACAGAGGAACGGCAUUCACCGGGGGUGAAUUUCAAGAUAAUUGCAAAGAAGAGAAUAUGUUACCAUCACGACGGGUGUACCAAGAGGAAAUGGACAGGUAG